GUUAUUAUGGUAAAAAAGGGAAAGGAAAAGAGCAACAGCUCUGCCGCCCCAAGUAAAGCAUCUGCAUCCACCUCUAAAGCGCCGUCUGCAAAAGCGCCAGCGGCGGCAAAACCAAAGAAAGCACCAGCCGAAGAUGACUUUAUAGUCUUUACCAACUCCACCAAGGAGGGAGGCGGCAAACGCCGAGGCGGAGGUGGUGGGGGAGGGGCAGGAGCAGCGUCCUCGAGCACAAACAACGAGGAAGGCGGUCCCCCGAAGCCUACCGUCAAACAGAUCAUCGGUGGUGCAUCGUGGACGGGGAAACUGCCAGUUAACCUGCUAUCGGAGCAUUGUCAACGGCAAAAAUGGGAGAGGCCAGAGUAUGAUACUCGCAAAACCAAAGAGGGUUUCUCUGUCUUUGUCCGCCUCAGCGCCAAAAACCCAAAGACUGGCGAGAUUACUCGUCUUGAGCCCUUCAAGCUUCCUCCCAGCCAUGUCCACCUUGCAUACAAGGAGACGGCGCUCGAGGCCAAGCACUUUGCCGCCACGUAUGCGCUCUUCCGUGUCUGCAGCAUGAAGAACCUGCACAUGACCCUACCCCCGGACUACCGCUCGCUCUGGCGGGAUGAAUUCCAAGCGCUCAAGAAGGAGGACGUCAAGGAGGGCAAGGGUUGGAUGUACGAGGCAGAUCCCUUCGCCGCCCUGCGCGAGAGGGAGGAGGCCAAAGCGGCCAAGGAAAAACUGCGUCUGCAACAACAGGCAGUCAAGGAGAAGGCCGCAAGCCUUCCAGGUGCUGCCGGGCUUGUGCUCCGUAGUAAUGCGACCGGCUCCGGCUCAGGGGCUGGUGGCGGUGGCGGCGGCUUCAACCCCAUGAAAGGAUGGACGACAGCACCCAAGAUUGAGAUGGGCAACAAGACCCGUACGCACAUCGAAGGCCUUCUGCGCAGAAAGUGCAUAUGGAAUCCCCACGGUGUUGUCAUGGAUCCGGCGCAGAAGUCUGCCGUGGUCAAGAACCUACGAGAGCUUGGUUUCCGCGAGAGCCAUGUGCAGGAGGCUGUAGAGGAGUGCAAGGACCGCGAGGAGACGCUCGAGUGGCUGCUCAUCCACGUCCCAGAAGACGACUUGCCGCGGUGGGCAUUGCCCGAGAGCUACACCGCCGGUGUCACCGUAGGCGCUACGGAUCUGAGAAGGGAAGGGGCUAUAAAGAGGCUGUCACAGUCUGGGUACUCUGCCGAGCUGUGCAAGAAGGUCUUUGACGACAAUAAUGGUGAUGAAGGCAGGGCCGCUGAGGUUCUUCAGGAAAUUCUACUGACGAGUGGCGCUGUCGAUGGCGAUGCUGCCAAUGGUAGCAAGCAAGCAGAAGAUGAUGCCUUGGAAAGCUGGAGAGAACCGGACGAGAUCUGGACUGAGGAGAUGGAAAGCCUCGAGUCUGUCUUUGGGGAACUCUUCACCAGACCCAGCCCGGACGUCUGUCAAAUCAGAAUCCUGGACGUUGAAAACGGAUCAAACAAGAACAUAGAAACACACGUCCAGUUUCGCAAGUCUCCGAAUUACCCCAAUCAGCUGAUAUUAUCCAUUGUGGCAAACCUCCCCGCCUACAUCAAGCUCAGCACCAUCAAACAGGGUCUUGCCUACAUGCAAGAGUCGCUCCGAGGCGAGGAGAUGAAGAUAUACUUCAUGGUUUCGUGGGUACAAGAGUCUAUCAACUCCAUCAUCGAACGUCCCGGCCUCCUCCGCGAUAUCGCAGCUGUCUCUUCGGCGGCCUCGGAGGAGAAGACCACUUUAUCUACGCAGACGAGAGCUCGACGGAAACAGCAGCGGCGACCAAAGAACAUAGUCUGGACUCCAGACAGCGCGAGCAAGAACGAAUGGAUCAAGCGACAAGAAACCCCAGAGUAUCGCAAGAUGUUGGGUCAACGUCAAAAGCUUCCCGCAUGGCUACUACGAGACGAGAUCGUGCGCACUGUCGCGGAGCAUCAGGUCACUAUCAUCGCAGGUGAGACCGGUUCCGGUAAAUCUACCCAGUCGGUCCAGUUCAUACUCGACGAUCUCUACAGCAAAGGUCUGGGCCAUGCUGCCAAUAUACUCGUCACCCAACCUCGACGUAUCUCGGCACUUGGCCUAGCAGAUCGUGUCAGCGACGAACGCUGCUCCCAAGUUGGUCAGGAGGUCGGUUACAUAAUACGCGGAGAGAGCCGGACGGGACCAAAGACGCGCAUAACUUUUGUGACCACCGGUGUUCUCCUCCGCCGCUUGCAGGUCUCAGGGGGACGCGUCGAGGAUAUUGUGGCAUCUCUCGCCGACGUCAGUCACGUAGUCAUAGACGAGGUCCACGAACGCAGUCUGGAUACGGACUUCCUGCUGAGCAUCAUUCGUGAUGUGCUCAAGCAGCGUCGUGAUCUCAAACUGGUGCUCAUGAGUGCAACACUCGACUCGGCCACCUUUGCCAGCUACUUCAUCCAGGACGGCAUUCGCGUCGGCCAGGUCGAGAUCGCUGGUAGGACGUUCCCAGUAACUGACUACUACCUGGACGACGUGAUCCGCAUGACGCAGUUCGGUACGGCAAACAUUCGAGCAGAUGCCGAUCCAGUUGCCAAGGCAAUCCAAAACCUCGGCACUCGCAUCAACUACCAGCUGCUCGUCGAGACGACCGAGGCCAUUGACAACGAGUUGUCUCUUGCCCAAAAAUCGGGGGGUAUUCUCAUUUUCCUUCCAGGGGUAGCCGAAAUAAACAGGGCAUGCAGCAUGCUACGGUCCCUAAACUGUCUGCACGUCCUCCCGCUGCAUGCCUCCCUCGAGACAAAAGAGCAGCGCAAGGUCUUUGCCCCGCCGCCCUCCGGUAAGCGCAAGGUUGUCGUGGCGACCAACGUGGCCGAGACUUCCAUCACCAUUGAUGACAUCAUCGUCGUCGUGGACACGGGCAAGGUCAAGGAGACGAGCUACGAUGCCGCCAACAACAUGCGUCGGCUCGAGGAGACUUUUGCAUCCCUAGCCGCGUGCAAGCAGCGUCGCGGCCGUGCAGGUCGUGUUCAAGCCGGCGAGUGCUACAAGCUGUACACGCGCAAGCUCGAGUCCCAGAUGGCAGAGCGCCCGGAGCCCGAGAUGCGCCGUGUGCCGCUUGAACAGCUAUGCCUUUCAGUCCGCGCCAUGGGUAUUGCCGACGUCAGGGGCUUCCUGGCCCGCGCGCCAACGCCGCCCGAGGCUGCCGCCGUGGAGGGUGCCAUCACCAUGCUGCGCCGCAUGGGCUGUCUCGAUGGCGAAGAGCUGACCGCUCUCGGCCGGCAGCUUGCCGCCAUCCCGGCCGAUUUGCGCUGCGGGAAGCUGAUGGUCUACGGUGCCGUAUUCGGCUGCCUAGAAGACUGCGUUUCCGUCGCCGCCCUCUUGAGCAGCGGCCGCGGCGUCUUUGUGUCGCCGCCGGAGAAGCGUGACCAGGCCAGAGAGGCACGUGCAAAGUUCGCUGCCGGCGACGGCGACCUGCUCACUGACCUGCGCGCCUUCCAGGCCUGGGACGCCAUGAUGCGCGACCCGUCAGUACAGCAACGCCAGGUCCGCAGCUUUUGCGACGAGAACUUCCUCUCCUAUCUCACCCUUUCCGACGUUGCUUCGGCCCGCACACAGUACUUUACGGCGCUCGUGGAGCUUGGCUUGGUCCGCCCCGGAGACGCCGGCUACUCCAACCGUGGUUCUCCUCCGUCUGCCCCAGAGGGAGCCGCCUCCAGCAAGUAUCUCCUCCGUGCCCUCACCGCCUCCGCGUUUGCGCCUCAGAUCGCCCGCAUUCAAUAUCCCGACAAGAAGUUUGCGGCUUCCAUGUCAGGCGCCGUCGAGAUCGACCCCGAGGCCAAGACGAUCCGUUAUUACAACCAGGAGAACGGCAGGGUGUUUGUGCACCCUAGCAGCACUUUGUUUGACAGCCAGGGGUUCUCGGGCAACGCCGCGUUCCUGUCCUACUUUUCCAUCAUCUCGACCUCCAAGGUCUUUAUCAGAGACCUGACCCCCUUCAAUGCAUAUACCCUCCUGCUCUUCGCCGGUGCUAUCGAGCUUGAUACACUGGGCCGCGGGUUGGUGGUGGACGGUUGGCUACGGCUCCGCGGAUGGGCGCGCAUCGGCGUGCUCGUCUCGCGCCUCCGUGGCAUGGUCGAUGAUGUAAUAGCCCUCAAAGUCGACGAUCCUUCUCUGAACCUUGCGGAUAAUGAAAUCAUCAGGGCGGUGGUCAAGUUGAUUGAAUUGGAUGGCAUGGAUGCGUAA